UUGAUUAUUGUAUUAAUAUUAGUGUAUUUGUAUUAUACUGUGAUAUGUGAACACAGAGUGUGUAUUGUAAUUGAAAAGUGUCUCAAAUAAUGUGCUUUUAGUGAGUGUUUAAACUGAAAAACAAAUCAAAUCAUUGCGUGUUUUAUAGUCAACACAGAGUCUCAUAAAACGUUUGGUUAAAAACAACAUAAAUCGCUAUAUUGUUGUUGUUGUUGUCGUUGUCGUCCAUCGCUGACUAUAUUAAGUGACCAAUUGAGUGAUAAUUUGUCUCAACAAAGAUGGCAUUGAAUCCCAAUUAUGAACAAAUUGGCAAAACAUUUGUACAGCAAUACUAUGCGCUCUUUGACGACCCAACACAACGAUCAAAUGUCGCCAACUUUUAUACGGAGCAAAAGUCGUUGAUGUCAUUUGAAGGAAACCAAUUGAUGGGCAGAACGAAGAUAAUGGAGAAAAUUCAAAGUCUGACAUUUCAGAAGAUUCAACAUAUAAUUACCGCAAUCGAUGCUCAGCCGACCUUCGAUGGCGGUGUUCUCGUCUCAGUGUUGGGUCAGCUCAAGACAGAUGACGAUCCGCCGCAUACCUUCAAUCAGGUGUUUGUCCUGAAACCAGCAAAUGAUAGCUUUUAUGUGGAACACGACUGCUUCAGACUCUCACUCCAUGUCUAACCACUUCUUGUGUCUAAAAAUACUUUUCAAUUAAAUUCAAAUUUCAAUUCGCAUUCAAUUAGUCUUCAAAUAAGUAAUCGAUUUAUAAUUGAGUAAACAAUGAAUUUAACACCAAAUGCAGUGAUUAUUACAAUUG